GGGGAUUUUUUUUUUUUUUACCAGGGUUUCUGUAGAGAACGGGGGAAGGUAUUAAAUUUGAACUGCUCAAAACCAUUGCUGCUACCUCAUCCGCUGUCGUCUACAAUCGUGUGGCAUGGCUGGCCUUCCCAGAGGGGCUGGCUCUUCCUGCUUCCCCACCAAUGAAAGGUUUCUUUGGCCAAUAAGCACCAAUGAGUGUGGCUGUAGAAUGUCUGAAUUGUUUCCUGCAAUGAUCAUCAUGGUGCAUAUAUUUUAUUUGGUGUGGAAAGUAAGGAUGCUAAAUUCUAAUCCAUGAGGACCUUAGAGGUAGUUUAUCACUGCACUCAGACCACUGGUCAGGUUUUCAAAGUCUCAAAUCAACUGCUGUCAAAAAGGUAAGAAGAAAGUGGAAUUCAGGGGAUAAACACAUUCUACACUAUUCGUCACAAAUAUGUGCAAAUACAUUUGCUCAUCUUUGCCUAAAGAUCCCUGUUCAAAGAGAUGCAUGCCUUGAUGUCAUUUUAGCCAUUCUAUAUCAAUUGUCAGUCUUUUCAAAUGAUCUGCUGCUUGUUUACUAGUGUCCACAUACAUUUACAGUGUUAUAUUAGAAGUACUGCAAACUAUGUUUUGCUUGCUUGCUCAUCAUAUUCAUUUAUGUACUAUGUUAACAUAAGACUCAAGUCAUCUCUGAGACUUCUAGAAAGCGUAUUGACAUUUAGUUUUGAUGUGUUUCUCAGAAUGGCAACAUCAUCUUCAAACAUUUGCCCUUCUGUUUGGGGAGUCACGGUGGAAAGCUUUGGUAGCACCACAAGCCAAUCAAUAUGGGGCAAGCCAGUUAAGGUACGCCUCUAGCAGAACUCGGCCAGUCGAGAGUGUUUGAUUCAUGAGUGGGGGCCCCACCCCCACUAAACACAGCCCUACCAAGUUGUGGCUGGGCGAAGCGAAUGACGUCUCUGCAUUUGCAGGCCGGGGACGCAGUGUUUGGUUUCCAUUUUCACAGCUGAGUUUCAGGGUGACUAACAACAUGGAGCCGGAGAUUGAGGACAAAACGUUGGAAUUAAUGGUAAGCUUUGGUGACAUUGGCCCCCUAGGUCGCUAUUGGGAACGAAAAGGAGCCGUAGAGGCUUGAAUCGAAGGCCGAACGGGGUACCAACCCGGACCGACGGCCAGGAGAGGUGGAGGAAAAAGGAAAGGGAACUAGAAAUAGAGGGAGGGCCUGAAAUAUUGAUAUUAUUAUUUGAGGGUCCUGGUGCAGCGACUGACUAAGUCGUCGAAACCUAUUAGGCAAAGUGACAGGGUAGUCCCUUAUUUUUGCAAUAUCCAAAUUGAAUCCGUAACCUCAUGUAAAAUAGUCGAAAGCUUUCUGCAAGUCGUACGCUGGAGAAAGCCACGGAUUUCGGGGUAGCUUUUCACUGCGGUGACGCUGCGCCACUCGGACCUGUGCGUCAUAGCUAGUUAGCUAGCUAACUGGAUACAACGUACCAGACUAAGUUAGUUAGAUAUAGAAAUGUAUAUUAAAGUCAGAUAAACAGAAUAAAAUGUUGCUCACACCCUUCCAUGUGAAUGUCUAAAUGUUCUUCUGGUGUGCGUGCGUGUUCAUGUUUAUAAAGCUGCGUAGAAGGAAGUGCACAACAUUAACUCGUGAGGGGUAUUUUCAUUGCUAACGAGCUAUUAUGAUAGCUAAGCAACAAAUAGUUGGCCACCGUGAUGCAUCAAUAAUAUAAUUUACUUGAUUUCGACUGACCUUGGUAACAAACUAACUAUGUUGUACUUGGUUUUUCCAUAUUUCCAUUGUUCAAUUUACUACGGUAAUGUUAGCUAGCUCGCAGCCUCAUAGGUAACGUUAGCUAGAUUGAACUAGCCAGCUGACCAGUCCAAAAGCCAAUGUAUCAGAUUUUGGGGUGAUGGCUAGCUGUUUGCCCAGAGUUCUACCUUGCAAGUUUACUUGUUGUUGGUCUGAUGUCGUCUAUCAAAAAUGAUAUCUCUCUGUCAAGACUGUCAAUUGGCUAACAAUAUAAUAAUAUUUCAGUGUUGGUAAAUAGUAGCUGGAAACACAGUAGAUAGCUACAGUAAGCCUGAUAAUAACAGUAAAAUGGUUUGUUAAAAAAGGAACCAAUUUGGUUUCAGCCAGCACAAGAGUCCUCAGCCACCAUUGUUUGUUUUGGCAAAGUGAAAUUCCACAACCGGACUCGCUCCUCACACCGCAGCAAUGAUGGCAAUAUUUUCACACUGAAUCAGAAAAUAGUAAUCUCUAGGUUAUUCACCUGUAACUAGCUAAUAAAUCUGUCAGGACUUCAAUAGUUUUCCCUUUUCCUAUUAGGUCAGUCAUACCCCUCUCUUUAAAUCAGUUAAACCAUUACUAAGCUCAAUGGCAAGCAUCAUUUGACAUUGACUAAACCUAUAUCAACACAACAACUACCCUGCAAGUAAACUACAUUGAUCUUGAACUAGGAUACAUGUAAUGUUUCUGUUCUAUUUACCCUCUUCCCUUCCCUGUGUACCCUUUCCCCAACCUAGGCUAUAUUAGAUAGCCUACUCGCACUGAAUUGACAAUGUACACUCAUGUUAUGUUUGUUCUAGAUUAUUUUCUGUGUCAGUAUAUUUUGUCCCUAUGUAAAUCACUAACCACAUCCAUAGUGUGAGAAUGGAAGAACAGAGGGCGGGGCAUUAGCAAAAAUCAAAGGGCUGGAAAUUGACGAACAUGCCCGUUGCGGAAUUGCCCCUCCAACUCCUCUUCCUAUCCCCACCCACUUCAUAUAUCUAAUAAUGCUUUUGUGUGUCUGUAUAAGUAUGUGUUUCUGCGCUCACUGUGCAAAUGUGCGUGUAGCUCUAAUACUGGUUUUUCCCCUCACUACCCCCCCACCUUCUCUUCUCAUCUUCACAAACACUGGUUUGGUUACACAUCUCUUCUCAACACCAAUCUGUUCUUCACUCUUUCCUAUUCUGUUUGGUCAUAUUUGUCUUCCCUCCACAUUCCUCCCAUUUCUUCCACUCCUUUUUUGUCUACGUAUAUUCUACCCCCGUUUUCAUCUUCCUCCUGCUGCUCUCAUCUAUCCUCUAUACCUCAUCUCCUUUCCUCCCCCCUUCAUCUCUCUUUUCCUCACUCUCUUCCCAUCUUUCCUCAUCCAUCCCGGUCUCAUGCCUGUUUUCUCUCCUUUCAUUCCUCUUCCUAUCUCUCUCCCUCUCUCACACAGUGCUCUGUGCCUCGCUCUCUCUGGCUGGGCUGCUCCUCGGUGGCAGAGAGUUUGUGUGCACUCAGGUGCCUGCAGAGCAUCCCCUCCACCCGGGCUCACAACCAGGUUCUGCUACUCUCUCCUCUUAAUUCUGACCUACCUACCGCCCCAGUCACACCUCCCUCCUCAGACCCUAACCCCACCACACCACGUACUGUGUCCUGCACCCUCCCCUGACCCCCUUGCCUUCUCGUCUCUCCCUCCCAAAAACAUGCUCCUCUCUCCAGCCCAGCUUACAGGAUAUCUGACAUAUUGGCUCAAUUUCAUAUUAAGCCUCCUAGAAAAGGGUUGAUCUCUACAGACAAGCACCGCCUGAAAGAUACCUCCCUCUUUCCUGGGUAAAAAAUAAAUAAUGUUUUGGUCAAAGCUGAAGUGACACAAAGACCAAAUUGCCAUCAAAGACAGCAUAAUAGGCUAACACAUGAAUCACAGGAACAUGAUUGUAUCAAGCCUGGCCAAACCUAGCUAGGCCUUGUCAAAGUGAAAGUUAAACUUCAGAUAGCUAGACUGUCUCUCCCUGCCCUCGCUACUCUAAGGCUUUGGAUUUGUUUUUAAACAAAAAAAUAGGCCAAGUUCUGACAAGUUGUCCAGUUCACUUGACAAGAGUUGUCUAGUUAAUCUGAAUUAGAUGAGCAGAGUUGGGGCCACUGGGGUGAAAGGAAGGAGAGGCUACCAGAGCAUGUCACCUGGGGAGCAAUGCUGGGUUGCCUGGAAGUGUGGUGGACAGGGGAUGGUUUAGGACCCCCCCCCACCCUGCCUGUGUUAUGGGGAAAGUGAGGGGCGCCCAUGGUAUGCUCGCUGGCUGUCUCUGGCUGCCUGUGCCUUGCCUUGCUCUGUCUCUCUAUUUGUUCGUCUGUCUGCUCUGUAUGGCAUUGCUGCAUGAACACUAGUGUCGGCAUCAGCCUUGACCCCCUGACCUUGUCUGUGUACCUGUCUGACCUGUUACUAUUGGUCUGUCAGUCUCCACUGAAGAGCGACUGAAAUGAUCCAGUGCAAUAUCCGUUUCAUUUUUGCAGAUGAGAUAGUGGAGAUGUGCUACUGUUGGCUAUCUGAGGAAAUCCCUUAUGUUUCUCUUCUACACACCUGGACAGGGUUAUCAAUAAUCUGUGACAGGGUCAGAUGACGUGUGGGACACAGAUAUAUAUAUAUAUAUAUACAUACAUACAUACAUACAUACAUACAUACAUACAUACAUACAUACAUACAUACAUACAUACAUACAUACGCAGCCCAUGCUUGUUAUAUAUAUAUCUGUGAAUGUUUUAAUGGGCGAGAGGGUGCCCGUCUGGUUCAACCUUUAACAGUAGUUCUCCCAGCACUCUCCCUCUGUCUGUGGGUGCAUCCCAAAUUACACCCUAUUCCCUAUAUAGUGCUGUACUUUUGACCCAAAGUAGUGCAUAGUUGGGAUUAGGGUGCCAUUUGAGAUGCAAACUGUCUGUUGGAGGGUUGGGUACCAUCAGAUUACGGUUUCAUUACUGCAGGGUUUGUCUAGCAGCCAUACCCACAUACUGUUUAAUUUCCUGUCCAGACUGCACAUCACAGGGAGAGGAGAUAGAGAUCCGCUUACUUACAUUAUUAGCUAGCCGUGUGUGUGCCAUUCUACUCUGCAUUCUGCUACCAUUUUGCUCAUUUGUGUUCAUUUACCUUUUAACAGACACCAAAUGAGCUCUAACCAUUCAUUCCCUGUGUUCUUGUCUCUCCAUACAGAACACAUCAGUCAUGGAGUCACAAAACCACGUAGACGACCUCUCGCCAAAGAAGACCACAGUUCUCACCAAGGUGUGUAGGUGGAUUAUGAGGGUGUGGCAUCUGUGUAAUAUAUCUGAGAGAUAUUAAAUGGUAAAAUGUGUCAAUCGUCCUUGAAGUAGCACUUAAUUGUAUGGCAAUGGGCAAUUUGAUUCAGUGGGAAGGGAACCCAUAGUGCCGUGUGUGUAACUCUGUCCUCUGUCCCAGCUUAGUAACGGUCCUGUGAUGACGGGCUCUCGUAAGCGCCCGUCGGAGGGGAACUACGACAAGGAGAAGGAGCACUGCAUCGCCCUGUUUGACCAGUGGUCCGAGGCUGACCAGGUGGAGUUUGUAGAACACCUCAUCUCCCGCAUGUGUCACUACCAACACGGCCACAUCAACUCCUACCUCAAACCCAUGCUCCAACGAGACUUCAUCACAGCACUGCCAGGUAACACACACUCACCUUUUUUUUUUACAGACACACUUUCGCACCCGCUCAUACACACGUUCACAACUUAUUUUGGGUGCUUCCACUAGAGUCCAGCACAGGCAUGAAUUUUAAGGCCGAGCCCUACCCAUGCCUGCGACUGCCAAAUUUAAGGCCCAGCCCGGCACGGGCCCAAAAUUAGAAAUCACUUCCUUCCAUUAGCUCCUGGUCUCUCUGUUCUCCCCCUCCCUGCGCAGCAUGCGCUCUGCUGCUAAUCUGCCUGUGUGAGUAUCCAUAGCAAUGGCUCCACCUUGGGCUGCUCAAUGACGAGACGAGAGAGUAGUUAGCUGUUAGCUAACUACUUUUCGUCACUUUAAACUCCGGAACAUUAUUAUUUUCUGUGACCUAAUCUCGCCUGUCGACUCUGACAAUGUUCUGGUCUAAUAUUUGACGAGGUUGAAGCACUUCUGACACCAGGUUAGUCAGAUAUGACUGUAGGCUACUGCGCAGCAGAUCACGAGCAAAUGGCUCAACUUCAAAGUGUUAGUGAUAGCCCAACCCGUACCCUAGUAAUUGAUGAAAAAAAACAUCCCUACCCGGCCCCCUAACCUGAUGUCUAGUGUCGGGUAGCAGAACUCCAGCUUCCACACACUUGCACUCAUUCACACACCAUGCUUACACACACUUACACCCAAUCUCUCUCUUUCUGUCUCUAGCCCAGGGUCUGGACCACAUAGCAGAGAACAUCCUGUCAUUCCUGGACGCACAGUCUCUGUGCUCUGCAGAGCUGGUGUGUAAGGAGUGGCAGAGGGUGAUUUCAGAGGGCAUGCUCUGGAAGAAACUCAUAGAACGCAUGGUGCGCACAGACCCCCUCUGGAAAGGCUUGUCAGAGAGGCACCAGUGGUGAGCAUGAACACAAACGCUCGUAGUGAUACUGGAGACGGAGAUACAAGGAAUAGGGAAGUUCUGAAGAUUGAUUUCUCAUUGGCUUAUUGUUCUGUCCGUCAUCUCAGGGAGAAGUAUCUGUUCAAGAACCGAACGACAGAGGUCCCGCCCAACUCCUACUACCACUCCCUGUACCCCAAGAUCAUCCAGGACAUAGAAGUGAGACUUUAGCUCUGUCCACAAAAAACCCUCCACCCUUGUUGGUUUCAGCUUGUGGCUACGUCUCAAAUGGCACCCUAUUUCCUAUUUAGUGGACUACGUUUGACCAGGGCUCUGGUCAAAAGUAGUGACCUAUGUAGGGAAUAGGGUGCCAUUUGGGGGUGCCUUCUGUUGUGUUCUGUAUCUAUAGACCGUGAGCUUGAUUAAAAAUGAUAUUUUUUCCCCAUCUGAUCGGUUUUUCCUCACUCACAUAUCUACUCUUUAUUUCCUCUCUGUUUUCUUCUCUCCCCCUAUUGUCUUCGUGCGUUUCCUCUUCUUGACAUGUAUCCUCUCUCUCCUUCCCGCUACCUGUCAACCCGCUCUCUGGUCUCUUCACCUCUACCCCCCUCCUCUCUCUGUGUGUGUAGACUAUCGAGGCUAACUGGCGGUGUGGCAGACACAACCUGCAGAGGAUCCAGUGUCGGUCAGAGAACAGUAAAGGAGUCUACUGCCUCCAGUACGACGACGAUAAAAUCAUCAGCGGCCUUAGAGACAACUCCAUAAAGGUGUGUGAGUGUACUUAUCUUUUUGGACAGGUCUAGAUGGAUGAAUCAUGUUAUUACAGACCGUAUUGCAGGCUAUGCCUUUGAUGUGAAACAGCAGCUUGUCUGUAUCUCAGAAAAUACAUGAAUUAAAGGAUGAAAGGAGUCAUUUGCCCACCCUUUGUGUGUUCCACUCAUCUGUCUGUCCUGGAGAAUGAGGGGGAGGAGGGAGGGGGUGGUGAGGAUUUGUCUUAUUGUUCUAGAGGGAGACUGUCUGUCUGACUGAGGCACUCAGGAAAGGGCCAGCCUGUCCAACCCAGCUCCAGCGCUGUAGUAUGCAGAGAUCCCUCCACACUGCAGGGAAAUGGGGCAUGAACAAUACUCUGAGACCAGCUUAUUCUUACCCUGACCCAAAUCUCCUGCUUGAUUUCUCUCCCUCCCUCUCGCUUAAUCAUCUUUCUACUUUCUCUCUCUCUCCCCCCCCCAUCUCUUCCUCUAUCUCUGUAGAUCUGGGACAAGCAGUCUCUGGAGUGUCUGAAGAUCCUUACAGGUCAUACAGGCUCAGUGUUGUGUCUGCAGUAUGAUGAGAGAGUCAUAGUCACUGGUUCCUCUGACUCCACUGUCAGGUAUGACACAGUCAUCAUACACACACUUGGGCUUUGUCCAAAUGGCAACCCUAUUCCCCAUGUAGUGCACUAUUUUUCACCAAAAGUAGUGCACUACCAUACAGUGCAUUCGGAAAGUAUUCAGACCCCUUGAAUUUUCCACAUUUUGUUACGUUACAGCCUUAUUCUAAAAUUGAUUGAAUUGUUUUUUCCCCCUCAUCAAUCUACACACAAUACCCCAUGAUGACAAAGCAAAAACUGGUUUUUAGGAAUUUUAGCAAAUGUAUAUUACCAAAUAAAAGUGGAAAUAUCACAUUUACAUAAGUAUUCAGACCCUUUACUCAGUACUUUGUUGAAGCACCUUUGGCAGCGAUUACAGCCUCGAGUCUGACGCUACAAGCUUGGCACACCUGUACUUAGGGAGUUUCUCCCGUUCUUCUCUGCAGAUCCUCUCAAGCUCUGUCUGGUUGGAUGGGGAGCGUUGCUGCACAGCUGUUUUCAGGUCUCUCCAGAGAUGUUGGAUCGUGUUCAAGUCUGGGCUCUGGCUGGGCCACUCAAGGACAUUCAGAGACUUGUCCCGAAGCCACUCCUGCGUUGUCUUGGCUGUGUGCUUAGGGUUAUUGUCCUGUUGGAAGGUGAACCUUCGCCCCAGUCUGAUGUCCUGAUUGCUCUGGAGCAGGUUUUCUUCAAGGAUCUCUCUGUACUUUGCUCCGUUCAUCUUUCCCUCGAUCCUGACUAGUCUCCCAGUCCCUGCCGCUGAAAAAAAUCCCCACAACAUGAUGCUGCCACCACCAUGCUUCCCCGUAAGGAUGGUGCCACGUUUCCUCCCGACUUGAUGCUUGGCAUUCAGGCCAAAGAGUUCAAUCUUGGUUUCAUCAAACCAGAGAAUCUUGUUUCUCAUGGUCUGAGAGUCUUUAGGUGUCUUGUAGCAAACUCCAAGCGGGCUGUCAUUUGCCUUUUUACUGAGGUCUGGCCACUCUACCAUAAAGGCCUAAUUGGUGGAGUGCUGCAGAGAUGGUUGUCCUUUUGGAAGGUUCUCCCAUCUCCACAGAGGAACUCUGGAGCUCUGUCAGUCACCAUCGGGUUCUUGGUCACAUUCCUGAUCAAGGCCCUUCUCCCCCGAUUGCUCAGUUUGGCCGGGCAGCCAGCUCUAGGAAGAGUCUUGGUGGUUCCAAACUUCUUCAGUUUUAAGAAUGAUGGAGGCCACUGUGGGGACCUUCAAUGCUGCAGAAUUUUUUGUUAUUCUUCCCCAGAUCUGUGCCUUGACACAAUCCUGUCUCUGAGCUCUAUGGACAAUUUCUUCAACCUCAUGGCUUGGUUUUUGCUCUGACAUGCGCUGUCAUCUGUGGGACCUUAUAUAGACAGGUGUGUGCCUUUCCAAAUCAUGUCCAAUCAAUUGAAUUUACCACAGGUGGACCUGCAAGUUGUAGAAACGUCUCAAGGAUGAUCAAUGGAAACAGGAUGCACCUGAGCUCAAUUUCUAGUCGCAUAGCAAAGGGUCUGAAUACUUACGUAAAUACGUUUUAUUUUUAAUACAUUUGCAAAAAUGUUCAACAACCUGUUUUCGCUUUGUCAUUAUGGGGUAUAUUGUGUAGAUUGCUGAGGAAAUUGUUUUAUUUAAUACAUUUUGGAAUAAGGCUGUAACGUAACAAAAUGUGGAAAAGUUCAAGUGGUCUGAAUACUUUCCGAAUAGGGUGCCAUUUGGGGGACAACCUUACACUGCCAUCUAUGCCGUUAUAUUACCGACUAAUGCUUUAACCACCCGGUAUGUCAGCGUAAAACCCACAGCCAACUAUACGGUAGAAAUGCGUCUAGAAUCCUUAGAAUGGACAUUGGCAUUCUACAAACGUGACUAAAAAGUUGUCUUGGUCAAGAUAGCCAACUGUCUCCACAUCUAUCUGGUAUUUACCCAAGACCCACCACAGCCAUCUGAACACUUCUGACUGUCACACUAUCCAGCCCUAGCUACACACUGAAGAGAUUGCUAUUUAAAUUAAAUUGUGACCAUUUCUCACCCUCCGAUAUAAGGCUAUCUGUUAUAUUUCCUAUAUUUGACUCUGUGAGAGAGUUGUGAUAGUCAAUAUUGUUAGCUUACAUUUUCAAUGUCACACGAUGUCCAAACCUGAGGCAAGAGUGAGUGUGUGUGUGUGUGUGUGUGUGUGUGUUCGCGCCAACCCAUGCCAGUGUCGGCUGCACACAGAAGCUCAACCUUCACACACUCAUUACUUCACACUCUCCCUGGGAGGUAUCCAAGGAAAAUGUGACUUCACUUCCUUAGUGACGGCUUGACGGGCACUUGUUUGUGGCUUUGAGUCUCAGCUUUUCCAGUGUGUGUUCUGAGUGUGUUUGAUCCCCUCUCCCUGUCGGACAGUGGAACUCAAUAAAAACGCUCUUAACGGCUGGUCCCUAGUGUAGGUUGUGUGUUGACUGGGACUCGGCCCAGUGUCCAGCCUUGGCUGUAUCAGUCAUCCUUUAAUUCAGUUUGCAGAGCUUUCACUAAGUCUCUCUCGUUCUCGCUCUCUCGUUCUCUUUUCACAAUAUUCCCCUCUCCCUAUCAUCCCCUCUUUUUCUCCCCCUCCCUUCCCUCUCCUUUUUUAUCUACCUCCCCUUGUCCUCUGUCCCUUCCCCUUCCUUCUCUAUCGCUCCCCCAGGGUGUGGGACGUAACGUCAGGUGAAGUAUUGAACACUCUGAUCCAUCACAACGAGGCGGUGCUCCACCUGCGCUUCUGUAACGGUCUGAUGGUGACGUGUUCUAAGGACCGCUCCAUCGCCGUGUGGGACAUGGCCUCGCCCACCGACAUCAGCCUCCGGCGGGUCCUCGUGGGGCACCGCGCCGCCGUCAACGUGGUCGAUUUCGAUGACAAAUACAUCGUGUCGGCGUCGGGGGACCGCACCAUCAAGGUGAGAGGUGUGUGUGUGUGUGUGUCAUGGAAAAUAAAAUGUGGGACUUGUGUAUUAGUGGGUAUGUGGGUGCACAUGAGGAUACCUUGUCUCUACAGUAGUUGAUAUUGGAGUUGUUUCCUAUAAAUAUUGAUGUCUGAGUGUCUCCCUCUCUCUCUCUGCUGCCCCCUGUAGGUGUGGAGCACCAGUACGUGUGAGUUUGUGCGCACACUAAACGGACACAAGCGAGGCAUCGCCUGCCUGCAGUACAGAGACAGACUGGUGGUCAGCGGCUCCUCAGACAACACCAUACGGUAAGAGACUGGCCCUGUCCUAAAUCUGACCUGCCUGCUACUGUACUAAUCAUAGUACAUACUAUUUAGAACAUAAUGUUUAGAAAUAAUGCAUGCAGUAAUCAAGAAAUAUCUACAUACUACACUGACUCGUACUGAGAAUGCGUCAGCAAAUGCACAAUGGCGUUGUUUCCCGCCAUUCGUUCAUUUUGGUACAGCACGUCCCCUUAUCUGAUAUCAGCUGCUGUCAAUCACACAUGGGUCUAGAUGAAAAGCAGAAACGAGUAUGACGUCCUGGCAUUUCGAACAUACUAUGUUAAAAAAAAAAUGCUGCAUACAGUGAGGGGAAAAAAGUAUUUGAUCCCCUGCUGACUUUGUACGUUUUCCCACUGACAAAGACAUGAUCAGUCUAUAAUUUUAAUGGUAGGUUUAUUUGAACAGUGAGAGACAGAAUAACAACAAAAUCCAGAAAAACGCAUGUCAAAAAUGUUAUAAAUUGAUUUGCAUUUUAAUGAGGGAAAUAAGUAUUUGACCCCCUCUCAAUCAGAAAGAUUUCUGGCUUCCAGGUGUCUUUUAUACAGGUAAAGAGCUGAGAUUAGGAGCACACUCUUAAAGGGAGUGCUCCUAAUCUCAGCUUGUUACCUGUAUAAAAGUUAUACAUUGAUUUGCAUUUUAAUGAGGGAAAUAAGUAUUUGACCCCUCUGCAAAACAUGACAUAGUACUUGGUGGCAAAACCCUUGUUGGCAAUCAGAGGUCAGACGUUUCUUGUAGUUGGCCACCAGGAUUGCACACAUCUCGGGAGGGAUUUUGUCCCACUCCUCUUUGCAGAUCUUCUCCAAGUCAUUAAGGUUUCGAGGCUGACGUUUGGCAACUCUAACCUUCAGCUCCCUCCACAGAUUUUCUAUGGGAUUAAGGUCUGGAGACUGGCUAGGCCACUCCAGGACCUUAAUGUGCUUCUUCUUGAGCCACUCCUUUGUUGCCUUGGCUGUGUGUUUUGGGUCAUUGUCAUGCUGGAAUACCCAUCCGCGACCCAUUUUCAAUGCCCUGGCUGAGGGAAGGAGGUUCUCACCCAAGAUUUGAUGGUACAUGGCCCCGUCCAUCGUCCCUUUGAUGCGGUGAAGUUGUCCUGUCCCCUUAGCAGAAAAACACCCCCAAAGCAUAAUGUUUCCACCUCCAUGUUUGACGGUGGGGAUGGUGUUCUUGGGGUCAUAGGCAGCAUUCCUCCUCCUCCAAACACGGUGAGUUGAGUUGAUGCCAAAUAGCUCCAUUUUGGUCUCAUCUGACCACAACACUUUCACCCAGUUCUCCUCUGAAUCAUUCAGAUGUUCAUUGGCAAACUUCAGACGGGCCUGUAUAUGUGCUUUCUUGAGCAGGGGGACCUUGCGGGCGCUGCAGGAUUUCAGUCCUUCACGGCGUAGUGUGUUACCAAUUGUUUUCUUGAUGACUAUGGUCCCAGCUGCCUUGAAAUCAUUGACAAGAUCCUCCUGUGUAGUUCUGGGCUGAUUCCUCACCGUUCUCAUGAUCAUUGCAACUCCACGAGGUGAGAUCUUGCAUGGAGCCCCAGGCAGAGGGAGAUUGACAGUUCUUUUGUGUUUCUUCCAUUUGCGAAUAAUCGCACCAACUGUUGUCACCUUCUCACCAAGCUGCUUGGCAAUGGUCUUGUAGCCCAUUCCAGCCUUGUGUAGGUCUACAAUCUUGUCCCUGACAUCCUUGGAGAGCUCUUUGGUCUUGGCCAUGGUGGAGAGUUUGGAAUCUGAUUGAUUGCUUCUGUGGACAGGUGUCUUUUAUACAGGUAACAAGCUGAGAUUAGAAGCACUCCCUUUAAGAGUGUGCUCCUAAUCUCAGCUCGUUACCUGUAUAAAAGACACCUGGGAGCCAGAAAUCUUUCUGAUUGAGAGGGGGUCAAAUACUUAUUUCCCUCAUUAAAAUGCAAAUCAAUUUAUAACAUUUUUGACAUGCGUUUUUCUGGAUUUUUUUGUUGUUAUUCUGUCUCUCACUGUUCAAAUAAACCUACCAUAAAAAAAUUAUAGAGUGAUAAUUUCUUUGUCAGUGGGCAAACGUACAAAAUCAGCAGGGGAUCAAAUACUUUUUUCCCUCACUGUACUAUAAAACUUCACAUACCCAAAAUGCCUACUAUUUACAACACAGUACGGGUAUUCGCACACGGCCAGUCUGUGAUGUCUUGUUUCACUGGGUUUAUGGGGCAUAGUGGGAUGUAUGUGUGUCAGAUGGAUGGAUAGAUACACAGAGUGUACAAACCUUUAAGAACACCUUCCUAAUAUCUAGUUGCACCCCCGUUUUAACUGUUGUGCGCGAAAAACCCCAGCAGUGUUGCGGUUCUUGACACAAACCGGUGCGCCUGGCACCUACUGCCAUACCUUGUUCAAAGGCACUUAAAUCUUUUGUCAAGCCAUGUCUCAAUUGUCUCAAGGCUUAAAAAUCCUUUAACCUGUCUCCUCCCCUUCACCCACACUGAUUGAAGUGGAUUUAACAAGUGACAUCAAUAAGGGGUCAUAGCUUUCACCUGGAUUCACCAGGUCAGUAUGUCAUGGAAAGAGCAGGUGUUCAUAUAUCCUUCAGAAAGUAUUCAUACCCCGUUUACUUUUUCCACAUUUUGUUGUUACAGCCUGAAUUUAAAGUUGAUUACAUUUAGAUAUGUUGUCACAGGCCUACACGCAAUACCCCAUAAUGUCUAAGUGGAAUUAUGUUUUUUGAAAUGUUUACAAAUUAAUUAAAAACUAAAAGCUGAAAUGUCUUGAGUCAGUAAGUAUUCAACCCCUUUGUUAUGGCAAGCCUAAAUAAGUGCAGGAGUAAAAAUGUGUGUAACCAGUCACAUAAGUUGCACUUUGCAUUUUUCAACGACUACCUCAUCUCUGUACCCCACACAUACAAUUAUCUGUUCGAGCAGUGAAUUUCAACCACAAAGACCAGGGAAGUUUUCCAAUGCCUUGCAAAGAAGGGCACCGAUUGGUAGAUGGGUUAAAAUAAAAAGCAGACAUUGAAUAUCCCUUUGAGCAUGGUGAAGUUAUUCAUUACACUUUGGAUGGUGUAUCAAUACACCCAGUCACUACAAAGAUUCAGGCGUCCUUCCUAACUCAGUUGCUGGAGAGGAAGGAAACCGCUCAGGGAUUUCACCAUGAGGCCAAUGGUAGGGCUGUGACGGUAAUUGAAUAACUGUGUAACUGAUGGUUAUGGAUGAAGACCGCCAUGAAAAUAAAAUAACCGUCAAAACCGUUUAAAUAGGCCUACAUCAAUUUUGGGAUUACAUUUUUUUACCAACUUUCUUUUCAUGUCGAUAAACUUUACAUAAUAGCGGGAGUGUUUACUAAGGAUUAUAAGCAAUUGUUUUGCUGACUUAGUCUGUCAAACUUUCUAGAUCUCCUUCUCUUUCCAACUGUCCUUUGAUGCUUGAGCAGCUAAUCCCUAGAUGUGAGGGGUUGUAGAACGCUAUAGGCUAUGGGACUUCAGUAAAAAAAAAACAAUGUGAUAUGUGGACUUUGUUUUAUACAAUGCAUGUUUUCAUUGCUUGCUAGUAAAUAAAUAAAUCGGUAUUUUUAAAAAGUUUGGAUGUGUCUGACUACUCAUUAAUUAUUCAACAGCAGUCGACAAGGUUGUUCUGGUUCUGAGGCUUGUAAUGCAGUAAUGUUGUGUCAAAUGGACAAUGCACCAAUCCUCUCCAACCUGACAUGGUAUAAUUUGAUAUGGAAUCUUUUCUUAAUUUAUAGACUAAUCAACGCCGGUCCUGGCCGAUAUUCCUCCCUAGGCGAGACAAAAUGUUUAAUAAUUGCUGCCCUCCUAUCCCCACAAGUAGAAUAGUAGCCUAGCUAUACAGCAGUGCACAUUUUUAAAUGUAUUUUUUAUUUUACCUUUAUUUAACUAGGCAAGUCAGUUAAGAACAAAUUCUUAUUUACAAUGACGUCCUACACCGGCCAAACCCGGACGACGCUGGGCCAAUUGUGCGCUGCCCUAUGGGACUCCCAAUCACGGCCGGUUGUGAUACAGCCUGGAAUCGAACCAGGGGGUCUGUAGUGACGCCUCAAGCACUGAGAUGCAGUGCCUUAGACCGCUGCGCCACUCGGGAGCCCAUGUGGUAGCCUACAGUUUGUAAAACAUGCAAUUUACCGGUAAGCCCUGUCGUUUGGUUACAUUCAUUUCUGCAUGUAUUAAAUACUCUCUGAGUGGAAACGUUGUUUGCAGAGUUCACAACCUGCUACUCUUGUGAGAAACAAGUUUUGGUUUAUUUCAUACCAUUUACGUGAUCCAUGUGAGCAAUGAGCAUGUGUCUGGUUUCUCUUUCCUGUUAAUCUUGACAGGGCGCAUGCGCCUGAGCACGCAUAGAGGUACCUGGCCUGCUUCUCGCAAAUGUCAAAUGUAGGAUAGUGCCCAGCUGGGCUUCUCAGUAUUUUAUUUAUAUUUUUGAUAUAGUAGUUACUCACAGUUUUUGAAAAAUCUUUCCAACACUCUACCCCUCGAUAAUCAGCUGGAAAAUAGGCUACGGACAUGUUUCCUAAUGUAGCCAUUCUGGACUCCAUCUCUUUAAUGACUCACGCCCUUCAUGAUUUAAUCUUGUAAAAGGCUUAUUUUCAGUAGCUUAGGCUACAUUAUUUCUCUCAUUACGGCGUCCUCUCUUUGAAAACGAUAUGCCUCUGCCAUCGAAUGACCGCUGCAGUAGGGUCUGUGAAAUUAUGCAACUAUUUCGAGAAAAGUUGGAGAAAACCCGUCGGACUUCGUUUGAAUGGUUUUGUGCGUCGAAGUAGGAUCUGUAUGUAUUUCUUUUUUAUGCGGAAGAGGACAAGGUAGGCAUAUCUUUAUUUUGACUCUUAAUGUUGUGUCAAUACGAAAAUGCGACAGAUCCUUUCCAACCUGGCAUUUCUUAAUUUGUUGAUUUUAAUAUUUAUAAUACAGGUGGCUGGUGCCACCUUAAUUGGGGAGGAUGGCUCAUAGUAAUGGCUGGAACGGAAUAAAUGAAAUGAUAUCGUACUCAUUCCAUUCACUCCAUUCCAGCCAUUAUUAUGAGCCGUCUUCCCCUCAGCAGCAUUCUGUGAUUUAUAGGUAAUAAUAAUAAUGAAAUGCCAUGAUAAUAACAAAGUGUAAUGGCUUGUUUCAAAUAGGUUUUUAUUAAAAAAGCAUAUCCAUGUAAACAAAUGUAUAAACAGAAUUGUGACCUCCCCCUGAACUGUUAUGUCGGGGACCGUGUAUAUUGGCCUGGCCAAUUACCGUAACCUCAAAUUCCAAGACUGUCAGAGCCCUAGCCAAUGGUGACUUUAAAACGGUUACAGAGUUUAAUGGCUGUGAUAGGAAAAAGCUGAGGAUGGAUCAACAACAUUGUAGUUACUCUACAAUACUAACCUAAAUGACAGAGUGAAAAUAAGGAAGCCUGUACAAAAUAAAAAAUAUUCAGAAACAAGCAUCCUGUUUGCUAUAAGGCACUAAAGUAAAACUGCAAAAAAUGUGGCAAAGAAAUUAACUUUAUGUCCUGAAUACAAAGCGUUAUGUUUGGGGCAACUCCAACACAACACAUCACUGAGUACCACUUCAUAUUUUCAAGCAUGGUGGUGGCUGCCACAUGUUAUAGGUAUGCUUGUCAUCGUCAAGGACUGGAGUUUUUAUGAUACAAAUAAACGGAAUGGAGCUAAGCACAGGGAAAAUCCUAGAGGAAGACCUUGUCUGCUUUCCACCAGACACAGGGUGAUGAAUUCACCUUUCAGCAGGACAAUAACCUAAAACACAAGGCCAAAUUUACACUGGAGUUGCUUACCAAGAAGACUGUGAAUGUUCCUGAGUGGCUGAGUUACAGUUUUGACUUAAAUCUACGAUGACCUGAAAAUGGUUGUCUAGCAAUAAUCAAGAACCAAUUUGAUAGAACUUGAAGACAUUUUAAAAUAAGAAUGGGCAGAGGUUCCACAAUCCAGGUGUGGUAAGCUCUUAUACAUUUACCCAGAAAGACUCACAGCUGCCAAAGGUGCUUAUACAAAGUAUUGACUCGGAUGUGAAUACUUAUGUAAAUGAGAUUUCUGUUUUUCAUUUUAAUAUCUUAGCAAAAAAAAAAAUAUUUCUAAAAACAUGUUUUCACUCUUUCAUCAUGGGGUAUUGUGUGUAGAUGGGUACGAAAGAAAAAACAUCAAUUUAGAAUUCUGGUUGUAAAACAAAAUGUGGAAUAAGUCUAGGGGUAUGAAUAUUUUCUGAAGGCACUGUACUAAUAGGUGCCGCCCUUUGCGAGGCAUUGGAAAACCUCCCUGGUCUUUGUGGUUGAAUCUGUGCUUUCACUGCUCGACUGCGGGACCAUACAGGUGGUUGUAUGUGUGGGGUACAGAGGUAGUCAUUCAAAAACUCUUGUUAAACACUAUUAUAGCACACAGUGACUCCAUGCCGCUUAUGUGACUUGUUAAGCACAUUUUUACUUCUGAACUUUAGGCUUGCCCUAAAUAAGGGUUGUGAAUACUUUCUGAAGGCAUUGUGUGUUUGUGUGAAUGUAUUUUCUUUCCAGAUUAUGGGAUAUUGAGUGUGGAGCGUGUUUGCGAGUGUUGGAAGGUCAUGAGGAAUUGGUCCGCUGCAUUCGCUUUGACAACAAGAGGAUUGUCAGUGGUGCAUAUGACGGGUGAGUAAUACUCACUAAGUUUAUAGAUUAUUUUUCCAAUACACACACACACUGCUGUUCUCUACUGACCUUGUCUCCUCUCUCUGCAGUAAGAUUAAGGUGUGGGACUUGCAAGCUGCCCUGGACCCACGAGCCCCAGCCAGCACCUUGUGUCUGCGCACACUGGUGGUGAGGAUCUUUGUGUGUGUUUUAAUGUCUGGUCUGUUUUAGGCCGUAGCCUUACGCGGUUGUCAUGUUGGUGUGUGUGUUUCAGGAGCACUCGGGGCGCGUGUUCCGGCUGCAGUUUGACGAGUUCCAGAUCAUCAGCAGCUCCCAUGACGACACCAUCCUCAUCUGGGACUUCCUGAACGUGUCGACCAAUGGACAGUCAGAGGGCCGGUCCCCCUCACGCACCUACACCUAUAUCUCCAGAUAGCAGGUAACACAGACACACACGCGCACACACAACUCUGGCUGGGAGUUUCUGACCUGUCUCUGUCCUUCAGGUGGCGACAUCCCCUGCAGCGAUUCCUGGAGGAGCUGAGAUCUGAUUGGCUGAUGGAGUGUGUGUUGCAGAGAGGAGCUCAACUCGUCCUCUUCUUCCUCAUCCUUCUGUCCAUACACCCGUUCUGACGAGGGUUUAAGUCUCCCACCACACCCCUGAAACACACACACUGCAACUCAACCCACUGUUGAACACAUACACCCCCACUCACGUUCAUAUUCUAUCACUAAUUUAUGUUCUCCAGUCUACACUAACCCACCACAGUAAAAAUGCACAUCUUACACCUAACCUUACCAAAUCAUUUACCUUUUAGAAGUCCUACCUUAAGCUCUAGUUCUUCAGUUCUCACCCACAACCCUACCUAGACACACACAUGAGCGUAUGGACAGAGAAUAACCUUGGAGCUGCAGUGUGGGAGAUGCUCUUUAUCUCAGCUCUGAGUGAGGAAGGAUGAGAGAUGGAGUGAGUUAGUUAAUGAGUGAGUGAAGGAUAAAGAGCCCACUCCAUCUAUCCUGGUUCCCUCUCUCCUUCUCCCUGGGAUGAACACUUGUUCGGAACGCAGAACACACGUGUGUGAACCUGUGAAAUGCGGCAUAGACUAAUAAAAAGACUUGGUGUAUUUCUCCGUCACCAUGGAAAUGGACUUGCAUGUUGAGGAUGCCGGGAUACAUCAUCCUGGCGAUACCUCUGCUCUUUCCUUUUACGCCUGUUUUACUUUCUUAAUAUUUUUUAUUAUUUUGUUUUUUAUAUUUUAUUUGACAUUUUGUUCUUGGUAAAAUUAUACUAAGCAUUGUUGUUCUCUUUCUCUGUCUGGUAUUCUCUCAUUGUUUUUCUCAUUCUCUCGCUUUUCUCACUAGUUUCCUCUCACCAUCUCUUUCUCUAUCCAUCCAUCUUUCUCUGAUCAUCUGUGUGCUUGCUUUAGUUAUGAGAGAAGCUGGAACUCUGAAUGCAAUUUAGCUGUAAACUGAGUCCUCUUGUCAAAAAAUUGUUCUACAUUAAAAUGAUUUUUUUUUAAAGAAAAUUAUAUUGUGAAUAAAGUACUUGACAGUGAUCGG